GCUGCUGAUUUCCGGUGUUGCGGACAAAUGUUCACUGGGUCGUGAACUAUCUUGACAGUGAGGCGCUGCCUCUUCGGUUGUUUUAGCAGAGGCUCCCUCACUGUCCCCGGUCAGAACGCACACUGGAGUCACGGCAGUGACGACGGAGCGUCUGUCAACAGGAUGUCAACAUAUAAGAGAGCCACACUAGAUGAAGAAGAGCUGUUGGACUCCACCAGCGACGAUGUCUACCCAUCGUCACCCAUGGAGGUGACUCUUCUGCACAGCCGUGGGCCCACAUGUUGGCCAGACAGGACACAAAGAGAGAAGAGGCUGCUGUUUUUAGUGUGUGUCACGUCUGUGGGUUUGUUCAUGUCUCUCAUCGCAAUUGGGGUCUUCUACAAACAGGCUCACCCUGGCUUAUGCCUAACAGAACCAUGCAUCAUUGUGGCCAGUGCAGUCACGGGUGCCCUGGACCGAGCCGUGGACCCCUGCCAGGAUUUCUACAACUUUGCCUGCGGGGGUUGGUUGAAGAGCAACCCCCUCCCUGAGGGCAAGUCCCGCUGGGGACCUUUCAGCAACCUCUGGGAACACAACAUGCUCGUAAUGAAGCAUUUAUUAGAAAACACAACGAUGAAAGGUCUGAGUAAGGCUGAGGAAAAGGCCCAGCGAUAUUAUCAGGCCUGCAUGAAUGAGGCCAAGAUUGAGGAAUUAGGAGCUAAGCCACUACAGGACCUAAUCAGCCAGAUAGGAGGAUGGGCCUUGACCGGACCUUGGGACAAAGAUAACUUCCAGGAAGUCUUGCGAACAGUGUCAGCCAACUAUCGCACUUCACCUUUCUUUACUGUGUUUGUCAGCGCUGACUCCAAAAACUCCGACAGUAACAUCAUCCAGGUGGAUCAGUCGAGCCUGGGACUCCCUUCACGGGACUACUACCUCAAUAAAACAGCAAAUGAAAAGUACCUGACGGCAUACCUCAACGUUUUGACGGAGUUUGGGGUUCUUCUGGGUGGCUCUGAGAAGACAUCUCGGGCGAUUAUGGAAGAGAUCGUGGACUUUGAAACCACCCUAGCCAACAUCACCAUCCCUCAGGAGGAGAGAAGGGACGAGGAAGUCAUCUACAAUAAGAUGGAGGCCAAGGACCUAACUACUCUGGCUCCUGCAGUGGACUGGAUGCCAUACCUCACAGAAGUGUUUGCUCCUGUGUCGCUCAACGAAUCUGAGCCAGUGGUUGUUUAUGCCAAGGAAUAUCUCCAGAAGGUUUCUGACCUCAUAACUAAAACAAAUAAAAGUCUACUCAACAACUACAUGAUAAUGAAGGUGGUGAGGAAGAUGGUUUCCGUUUUGGACCAAAGGUUCCAGGAUGCUGAGCAGCGCUUCCUUGAAGUCAUGUAUGGAACCAAAAAGAGCUGCACUCCACGCUGGAAACUGUGUGUUGGCGACACUGACAGCGCCCUGGGGUUUGCUCUCGGAGCCAUGUUUGUCAAAGCCACCUUUGCUGAGGAUAGCAAGGCCACUGCUGAAGAUAUGGUUGCAGAAAUUAAAUGGGCGUUUGAGGACAGACUAAAGUAUGUAAGCUGGAUGGAUUCAGUAACAAAACAAGCAGCAAAAGAGAAGGCAGAUGCAAUAUACAACAUGGUUGGGUAUCCAGAGUUCAUCAUGAAUGCCACAAAGCUGGACAAAGUGUUCAAUGAUUUCGAGGUGGUGUCAGAACUCUACUUUCAAAAUGUCAUGCAGUGCUACAACUUCUCAGGCAGAGUAACAGCGGACCAGCUGAGGAAAGCUCCCAACAGAAACCAGUGGAGCAUGACCCCUCCUACUGUGAAUGCAUAUUACAACCCAACCAAGAAUGAGAUGGUUCUGCCAGCCGGAAUCCUUUUUUUGUUUAGUCAUUCCUGGCCUAAAGCUCUAAACUUCGGUGGAAUUGGUGUAGUCAUGGGGCAUGAGCUGACUCAUGCAUUUGACGACCAAGGGAGAGAAUAUGACAAGGAUGGAAACCUGCGUUCCUGGUGGAAGAACUCUUCCGUGGAGGCCUUCAAGAAGCAGACACAGUGCAUGGUGGAGCAAUAUGGAAAUUACAGCAUCAACCAGGAGCCUCUAAAUGGAAGACACACCUUGGGGGAGAACAUUGCUGACAACGGUGGACUUAAGGCUGCCUACAAGGCUUAUGUGAACUGGAUCAAAAAGAAUGGCGAGGAGGCCACCCUGCCUGCCCUGGGAAUGACAAACCAUCAGCUGUUUUUUGUGGGAUUUGCCCAGGUCUGGUGCUCUGUCAGGACACCUGAGAGUUCACAUGAGGGUGUCAUCACGGAUCCCCAUAGUCCAUCAAGAUUUAGAGUCAUCGGCACAGUCUCUAAUUCACAUGAAUUCUCAGAGCACUUUGGCUGCAAAGCAGGUGCUCCCAUGAAUCCUAAACACAAGUGUGAGCUCUGGUGAUGCCUCAUUGCUCGAUGGUGUUUAUCAGCAAGGAAUCGUAUGGAUGUUGGAGAAAAUAGCUUGAGAUACUGACAAAGCCUUUCUGGCUGUGGAAUGCAAGAACCACUGAAACUCCUGCUGCCAGCCACUUAAUGCUUAACAGUCUCAUUAUCAGGACAAAAUGUGCCUGCUCUGUAAAGAGGACUGCAAUUUUCACUGCUUCUCCACAAAGACUGAUGAGUUAGCAAACAGCGUUCCCUGAACUCUUCAAUUAGAUCUAGCUACAAAUGUGCUCUUUGAACACUGGAAACCCAGCUGAUGGUUAAAAAAUGGGGGAACUGAUCUCAUAUUUUGUGAGCUGCUUGUUUUUCCACAUAAAAUUGUAAAUAAGCAAAGUGACACUUAUUGUAACUCUUUGCUGUGCUUGUGUUUACUCCGGUAAAUCUUUUAAGUGUGUUUGUCUUUUGUUUUGUUUUUUUAUGGUCACUUUUUUGUAUAACAGUGAACCAGAGGCCUUCAAGAAUUUUUUACCCAAGUGAAAAUUAGAAGUUGUUAAUUAAGAAUUGGUAUAAAUGUUUUGCUACUACAAUAACCAUUUUGUCUUUGAAGCAUUGCAAUAUUUCAGAAACAAUUUGUGUAUAGUAUUAUUUUUGAUACAGAUAUUGAUGUGGUAUUUGUAUUUUUUUUAAAGAUAUGGUGUCAAAAAACAGUGUCAUAUUGCUGCCAUUUAAUUUCUCUAAUGGAAGGCCAAUACAAAUCAGAGACAGAAUUAAUUGAGAAAUUCACAAAAUAUGUUUUUUCAUUCAGAACUUGGUCAUGUAGGCUAAGCAAAGAUGUGUCAUACCUCUUUUCAUGAGUAAGAGUUUGUCGCAACAUUAUUUUAUAUAGUAAAAUCAAUUUUAAAACGUA